UUAUUUAUUAAUUCUAACACACAACAGAUUUAAAACGGUAAAGCUUAAAGAUUUCAAAUUACAAUUAACUUGAUAAGAUAAAAAUAUUUUUUUUGUUUGAAAAAAACAUUGGAUUAGGAUUGUGCAGUUACAAAUUUUGUUUUUGCUGUUAAAUAAUUUUUUUUUUUUGUAUUAAAUCGUAUUUAAUUGCUCAAUCGUAAUUAAUUAUCUCGUUUUAACUUUCUAAGUGAGAGGGCAGCAAAGUACAACGUAACGUGACGUAACAGCAACCUAACCAAAAAAGGACGCUGUAAAACUGGAGGAAACCGUGAUUUACGGAUCACAUAAAGGAAUAAAAGUACAUUAACGAUAUUUUUUGUUAGAAUAUCUGAUUUACAAUGCGGCUUGGAUUGACUCUGUUAACCAUCUAUGUUAAUAAAAUACCAUACAGAUUUAGAGGGAAAUACCGUAAAGUUAAGAAACCGACUAUACGGGAUUUAUUUAAGAUGAAGCAGGAUUUCGAAAGGGAAGAGCAAAACAUGUUGAUUUUACGGCAUCCUUAUCUCACAGUUGAACAAUCUUGCGGCCAUAUGAAGGCACUGGAGGAUAGAACGGCAAAGUUUUUCGAUGUGAUACAGGAGGAGAGGCGUCAGAAAUUCCAAAAACAGAUUACCUUUGCCGAUCGUCUGAGCCACAUGAGAGUAACGGAAGCAUGGGAUUAAAGGCUUUCUAUAUACACCGCAAUUAAAAUAUAUAUUACAUAGAGUGUUCCCUAACGCAAGAAAGAUAGCACCAUGAAAUAUAUUAUCUAAGUUUAUCUAAUAUGAUAUACUGCGAAUGUACAAAGUAAAAAUGUAAGACUAAUACUGGGACAUUGUUCUAAAGUAUUAAAUUAUAUUGUUCAUGUAAAAA